UUUCUUUGAACAGGAAAUGGACCAACCACAAGUGCAAAUAAGGCAUUAUAUAAGGCCAUUGCAUUGCAGGGAACUCUUAUAGAUUUCAGAAUUCACAUUGUUAAAACAUGAUUAUGAGAGUCCAGCAGGUGGUGAUGGCCACAAUGGUGGUGACUAUUGUUGUUUUUGGUCCAAAGAGAGCUGAGGCAGCUGCUCCCAGAGCUUUCUUUGUGUUUGGAGACUCCCUCGUUGACAGUGGCAACAACAAUUACUUGCCAACCACCGCACGCGCCGAUUCUCGCCCCUAUGGCAUCGAUUAUCCUACUCAUCGUCCUACCGGUCGCUUCUCUAAUGGCUUCAACCUACCUGAUAUUAUAAGCCAGAGAAUUGGAUCUGAGCCCACAUUACCGUAUCUGAGCCCAGAGUUAAAUGGGCCAAAGCUCUUAGUUGGGGCCAACUUUGCUUCUGCUGGCAUUGGAAUCCUGAAUGACACUGGCGUCCAAUUUGUGAGGAUCUUAAGAAUGUAUGAGCAGUUUGAGUUGUUUGAAGAAUACCAAGAACGUUUAAGUGCAGAAGUGGGGUCAGAAAGGGCAAAGAAAAUUGUGAAUGGGGCAUUGGUGCUGAUAACACUUGGUGGUAACGACUUCGUUAACAACUAUUUUGUCACUCCAUUUUCCCCUAGGUCUCGCCAAUUCACCGUUUCCCAAUUCUCUCGCUACCUUAUUUCUGAGUACAGUAAAAUUCUCCAGAGGUUGUAUGAGUUGGGGGCUCGGAGGGUGUUGGUGUCAGGAACAGGUCCAUUGGGAUGUGUUCCGUCACAGCUUGCCUCAAAGAGCACCAAUGGUGACUGUGUGCCGGAGUUACAACAAGCUGCGCAGAUUUACAACCCUCUCCUUGUUCAGAUGACUAAAGAUCUCAACUCCCAAGUUGGUUCUGACGUUUUUGUCGCUGUCAAUGCCUUCAUUAUGAACAUGGAUUUCAUCACCAAACCUCAAACAUUUGGUUUUGUUACAUCAAAGGUAGCAUGUUGUGGACAAGGUCGAUACAAUGGGAUUGGAACGUGCACUUCAUUGUCGAACCUUUGUCCAAACCGUGAUAUCUAUGCUUUUUGGGAUGCUUUCCACCCAACACAACGUGCUCUUGGUUUCAUCGUCGAUGCAAUCUUUAGUGGAACUAACGACGUUAUGAGCCCUAUGAACCUUACCACCGUCAUGGCCUUGGACUCCAACAUUUAAUCUACAAUAAUCUAGUUUAUUUAUAUUGGUUUAGGGGGCAAACAUGCAAAUAAAGGCUUCAAUUUUAUUGAUUGUAAUUGUAAAUUUUUUGUGCUUCUAUAUUUAUUAGGGAUGACACAUUAUCUUAA